AUGCUUGAGGCACGCUUGGAACAGGCCAGCAUCCUGAAGAAGGUGGUCGACGCCAUCAAGGAUCUGGUGCAAGACUGCAACUUCGACUGCAACGACAGCGGCAUCGCCCUGCAGGCCAUGGACAACUCGCACGUGGCGCUGGUGUCGAUGAUGCUCAAGGCGGACGGCUUCAGCCCUUACCGCUGCGACCGCAACAUCGCGCUGGGCGUCAACCUGACAUCCCUGACCAAGGUGCUGCGCGCUGCCCAAAACGAGGACAUCCUGACCCUCAAGGCAGAAGACGCCCCCGACUCGCUCAACCUGACCUUUGAGUCUGCCGAUAACGACCGCAUCUCCGAGUACGACCUCAAGCUCAUGGACAUCGACCAGGAGCACCUGGGCAUUCCCGAGACCGAAUACGCUGCCACCAUUUCCAUGCCCGCUGGCGAGUUCAGGCGCAUCUGCACCGACCUGCUGGCCAUGUCUGAGUCUGUCACCAUCGACGCGAGCAAGGACGGCGUCAAGUUUGCCUGUACCGGCGACAUUGGCAACGGUGCUGUCACGCUGCGGAGUCACCAGAACGUCGAGAAGCCCGAUCUGAACAUCGACAUCGAGCUGAGCGAGCCUGUUUCCCUGACCUUCUCCCUUAAGUACCUGGUCAACUUCUGCAAGGCCUCGGCCCUGUCUACACAAGUCAAGAUCUGCCUGUCCAAUGAGGUGCCCCUGCUCGUUGAGUACUCGAUCCAGGGCACCAGCUGGCUGCGGUUCUACCUGGCACCAAAGAUUGGCGACGAGGAGUAGAUGGCCCAGAAAAUGGGCGCGUGAUGUACUUAUAAGGGAUGUUCACGACUAGGCGACGCUGAUGACCUGCAAGGAGACGCUGCGACAUGGGCCAACAGGAUAACAUGUGUCACAAGACGAAUGAGCUGUUGCGUUUGAGUCAAGUCGCCGUGCGUCUUAGAGGAAGAGGGAGUUGCAGGAUACUGCACUACACCAUAGAGCAUUAUCUGGCGGGCAUGGGUGUGUUUAUUUGGGACAAGAGCCUCUCCAUCUACAAUCGUGAUGAGAAAUAAAACAAAGAAGAAAAGACAACCAAAGUCUGAAUCAAGCGAAUAUGACUUUCACCCGUC